CACACACUAGCAGGACUGGAGGCUGGCUGGAUGCUCAGCUACAUCUCUUUACAGCAACACACGGUUAUUCUCCCCAGACGGAGCGCUAGAUAACAAACGGUGGGCUGGGAAGGAGGAAAAGGAAGGAGGAGAAAAUUCAACAAAAAGCAGAAAUACACUGCCCUCGCAGGCUCUCAAUGUUGCUCGGACAGAGGUCUUGAACUCUGCGCGGUGGGCUCCUUGCCAUUCAAUCAGCAUGUCUCUAAAGCAGUGGGACGUGGGGGAGAGUGCUGAAGCUGACUGCUCGAAGGGACAGGAUGAGGUGGUCAUGAUUCGCAUGGCCAGUCUACAUGUGGACCUGUUUCCUGCCAAGGACUUCCAAGGGAAGUUUAAAAAGAUGCAUCCCAAGAAAAGGCCCACCAUUCUGGACCUGGAAACGUCUCCAGUGGGAACCGGAUACAGUAAGCCACCCAUCCCUCCAGUGCUGAGUCCACAAGGAGACAAGGGUCCUCCAGCCAUGAUGCCCAUUAGCAUCGACCCAGAGAGCCGGCCGGGGGAGUAUGUCCUCAAGAGCCUGUUCGUAAACUUCACCACGCUGUCCGAGCGCAAGAUACGUAUCAUCAUGGCCGAGCCGCUGGAGAAACCCUUGAUCAAGUCUUUGCAGAGGGGUGAGGAUCCUCAGUUUGACCAGGUGAUAACUGCUAUGAGUUCUCUGGCGGAGUACUGCCUCCCGUCCAUUCUGAGGACACUGUUUGACUGGUACAGAAGACAGAACGGUCUAGAGGACCCAGAGUCACACGAAUACAGACCCAGAGCCAACACCAAGUCAAAAAAUGAUGAACAGCACAGAGAUUUUCUACUUGAAAGGAGGGAUCUGGCAAUCGACUUCAUCUUCUCCCUCGUACUUAUAGAAGUUUUAAAACAGAUGCCGCUCCACCCUGUCCUGGACAGUUUGGUCAGUGAAGUCAUUAACUUGGCCUUUAAGCACUUUAGAUACAAAGAAGGGUAUCAUGGUCCUAACACUGGUAACAUGCACAUUGUAGCAGACCUCUAUGCAGAAGUCAUAGGAGUUUUAGCCCAGGCCAAAUUUCCUGCUGUGAAGAAAACGUUUCUGUCUGAGCUGAAGGAGCUGAGACAGAAGGAGCAGAGUCCCUACGUGGUCCAGAGCACCGUCAGCCUCAUCAUGGGUGUCAAGUUCUUCCGCGUCAAGAUGUAUCCAGUGGAGGACUUUGAAGCCUCCUUCCGGUUCAUGCAGGACUGUGCCCAGUACUUCCUGGAAGUGAAGGACAAGGACAUUAAGCAUGCCCUGGCCGGGCUCUUUGUGGAGAUCCUAGUUCCUGUAGCGGCAGCUGUAAAGAACGAGGUGAACGUGCCGUGUCUAAGGAACUUUGUGGAGAGCCUGUAUGACACAACACUGGACCUCUCCUCCAGGAAAAAACACUCUCUGGCUCUCUACCCGUUGGUGACCUGUCUGCUGUGUGUCAGCCAGAAGCAUUUCUUCCUCAACAAAUGGACUGUCUUCCUCAACAACUGCCUCUCCAACAUCAAGAGUAAGGACCCCAAGAUGGCGCGUGUAGCCCUGGAGUCUCUUUACCGUCUUCUGUGGGUCUACAUGAUCAGGAUCAAGUGUGAGAGCAACACUGCUACGCAAGGGCGUCUCAACACCAUCAUUACAACACUCUUCCCCAAGGGCUCUCGCAGUGUGGUGCCCAGAGAUAUGCCCCUCAACAUCUUCGUCAAAAUUAUCCAGUUUAUUGCACAGGAACGACUGGACUUUGCCAUGAAAGAGAUCAUCUUUGACCUUAUGUGUGUUGGGAAACCAGCCAAAGCCUUUAGUCUUAACCCAGAGAGAAUGAAUAUAGGUCUGAGAGCGUUCCUGGUGAUAGCUGACAAGCUCCAGCAGAAGGAUGGGGAGCCACCCAUGCCCAACACGGGAGCCACGCUGCCUUCGGGCAACACACUCAGGGUAAAGAAGACUUACCUGAGCAAAACACUGACCGAUGAUGAAGCCAAGGUCAUAGGUAUGUCCCUGUACUACUCCCAGGUGAGGAAGGCCAUCGACAAUAGCCUGAGACACUUGGACAAGGAGGUGGGCCGAUGCUUGAUGAUGACCAACGUCCAGAUGCUCAACAAAGAGCCUGAGGACAUGAUCACAGGAGAGAGGAAGCCGAAGAUCGACUUGUUCAGGACGUGUGUGGCGGCCAUCCCUCGCAUCCUGCCAGACGGCAUGUCCAAGCCCGAACUCAUAGACCUGCUAUCUCGGUUGACGAUUCACAUGGACGACGAGCUACGCCUCAUAGCCCAGAACUCCCUYCAGAGUUUACUGGUAGACCUCCCUGAGUGGCGUGAUGACGUCCUGUUUGGCUUUACCAAUUUCCUGUUGCGGGAGGUUCAGGACAGCCACCAGGCCCUACUGGACAACUCUCUCCGGCUGCUGCUCCAGCUGUUGACCCAGUGGAGACUUGCUCUGUCAGCCCCAGAGAAGGGCUGCGACACAGCCAAGAUACGCCCAGCAGAGCWGUUGCAGUUGGGCUCCAGCCAACGCGUGUCGGUGGAACACGGACCCCACUCCACAGUGCUGCACGCCAUCGAGGGCCUGGCCUUGCUGCUGCUCUGCUCCUGUCAGCUCACAACGCGCAAACUGGCCAUGGCAAUCCUCCGGGAGAUACGCUGCCUGUUCCUCGCCAUCGGACAGGCUGAGGAUGAUGACAAACCCAUGAUAGAGGUCAUGGACCAACUGAGCCUGGCGGUUCUGGAAAGUUUUGUCCAUGUGGCAGCGUCAGAUACGGCCACUCUUCCAUUGGGCCACCAAGUGGACCUGCAAUGGCUGCUUGAGUGGAACUCCAUGCUGGUCAACAGCCACUAUGACAUCCGGAGCCCGUCCCACGUGUGGAUCUUUGCCCAGUCGGUCAAGGACCCCUGGGUGCUCUGUCUCUACAGCCUGCUGCGCCAGGACCACCUGCCCAAACACUGCCCCACCGCCCUUAGCUACACCUGGUCCUACGUCUUCACACGCAUGCAGCUGCUCAUGCCACUGGUGGACCCCACUAACCCGGUAUACACUAAGAAGGCCAGCAGCACGUCGGGUGGUGGAGACAGCUACGUGACCCUGUGGAGGAACUACCUGAUCCUGUGUUUUGGAGUGGCCAAGCCUAGCAUCAUGAGCCCCGGCCAACUGAGAGCCUACACCCCUGAGAUCACAGCCACUACACCUGACGGCAGCAUCAGCUACGACAACAAGGUGAUUUGGACCCCCUCAGUAGCAUGGCUCCUGAAACAGCUGGUCCCUCUAAUGAGAGCAGAGAGCAUUGAGCUGACAGAGUCCUUGGUGCUAGGCUUUGGACGCACCAACUCCCUGGUCUUCAGGGAGCUGGUAGAGGAGCUGCAUCCUUUAAUGAAGGAAGCUUUGGAGAGAAGACCAGAGAACAAGAAGCGCCGUGAGCGGAGAGACCUCCUGAGGCUGCAGCUUCUGAGGAUAUUUGAGCUGCUGGCUGACUCUGGUGUCAUCAGUGAUAGCACCAACGGGGCUCUGGAGCGGGAUACAUUGGCCCUGGGAGCUCUGUUCCUAGAGUACGUGGACCUGACGCGGAUGCUUCUGGAGGCGGAGAAUGACAAAGAGCUAGAGAUUCUCAAGGACAUCCGAGCUCACUUCAGUGGCAUGGUGGCCAAUCUUAUCCAGUGUGUUCCCGUCCACCACCGACGCUUCCUCUUCCCGCAGCAGAGCCUAAGGCACCACCUCUUCAUCCUGUUCAGCCAAUGGGCUGGUCCCUUCAGCGUCAUGUUCACGCCUCUCGAUCGUUACAGUGACAGGAACCACCAGAUCACCAGAUACCAGUACUGCGCCCUGAAGGCCAUGUCUGCGGUGUUGUGCUGUGGACCUGUGUUCGACAACGUUGGACUGUCCCCAGACGGAUACCUCUAUAAGUGGCUGGAUAACAUACUAGCCUGCCAGGACCUACGGGUUCACCAGCUGGGCUGUGAGGUAGUUAUUCUGCUGCUGGAGUUGAAUGCUGACCAGGUCAACCUGUUUAACUGGGCGGUCGACCGCUGCUUCACCGGCUCCUACCAACUGGCCUCUGGCUGUUUCAAGGCCAUCGCCACCAUCUGUGGCAGCAGAAACUAUCCCUGUGACAUCGUGACUUUGUUGAAUUUGGUGCUCUUCAAGGCAUCAGACACCAGCAGGGAAAUGUAUGAAAUCUCAAUGCAGCUAAUGCAGAUUCUGGAGGCAAAGCUGUUUGUGUAUUCCAAGACGAUAGCAGACCAGAAGCCCAGUAGUAUCCUGUAUAGGACCCACAGACCUCUGCCUCCCCUCUACAACGUCUCUCUAGCCCAGCUCUCACAGCAACUGGCUAGGAUGUACCCCGAACUCACUCUGCCUCUCUUCUCAGAGGUUAGCCAGCGUUUCCCUACCACUCACCCCAACGGCCGUCAGAUCAUGCUGACCUACCUGCUGCCCUGGCUGUCUAACAUCGAGCUGAUGGACAGCUGCCUGCUGCCACCGGUCUCCAGCCCCUGCAGCCCUGAGGAGGAGACCCCGGACCAGACCGGCACCACCGCGGGACAAGUCCCCCAACACACGCUAAGGGGAAUGGGCUGGGGCUCGCUGCUGGCCACCUCGCUGGUCCUUAACAACCUCAUGUUCAUGACCGCCAAGUACGGUGAUGACGUUCCAGGACCAGAGAUGGAGAAUGUCUGGAACGCUCUGGCCAGUAACGACAGGUGGACCAACAAUCUGAGGACUACCCUGCAGUUCCUCAUCAGUCUGUGUGGAGUGAGCAGCGACACCUCUCUGCUGCCUUAUAUCAAGAAGGUAGUGAUCUACCUGUGUCGUAACAACACCAUUCAGACCAUGGAGGAGCUGUUGUUUGAGCUGCAGCAGACAGACCCGGUCAACCCGGUGGUACAGCACUGUGACAACCCACCUUUCUACUGCUUCGCUGCCACCAGCAAGACCUCCACCGCCGCCUCAGGUACAACAUCCAGUAGCAACACUGUAGUUGAUGGCCAAGAGAGUUUCCCUGACGCAGAUGACAUUAAAGCAACCAAAGAGAACGAAGAGAGGUUGAGUAACAUCAUGAGGCACCACAACUGCCUGGAAUCCCGAUACAGCAACAGUUCUGGAGGCUCCUACGAGGAGGAGAAGAGUGAACCCCUUCCGCUGUACACUGGUUGGCUGAUGAGCGUUGUGGAGACCAAUCAGCCACUCCCUUUGCCUAUGCCUGUCAACGGAGGCUGCUGGGCUCCCCUUGUGGACUACCUCCCUGAAACCAUCACUCCUAAGGGACCUCUACACAGGUUUAACAUUGCAGUGAUCUUCAUGACCGAGAUGGUGGUUGACCACAGUGUGAGAGAAGACUGGGCCCUGCACCUGCCACUGCUGCUCCACGCCCUCUUUCUGGGCAUGGAUCACUACCGUCCCGAGGUGUUUGAGCACAGCAAGCGUCUCCUCCUGCACCUACUCAUCACGCUGUCCUGCAACCGCAACUUCCAGAAUAUCGCCUCUGUCCUGCUGCAGACACGAGAGGUCAAUAGCAGCAAGACCUUGACCAGCAAGUCAAGCUACCAGCCUGAAUACCUCACUACUACAGGUGGGAUGGACUUCCUGCGAGAAGGCCAGGCAUCCCCAGUACCAGACUCUGGCCUCAGCUCCUCGUCCACCUCUUCCAGCCUCAGCCUGGGAGGCAGCACCUCCAACCUGCCCCAUAUCUCCUCCCAGGAGGCAGAGGAGCUGAAGAGCCCCUCAGAGACGGACGAGAAGACCAACAAGCUGAUUGAGUUCCUCACCACCAGGGCCUGUGGCCCCAUGUGGUGUCACGAAGCUAUCUCACCCAAGAACCAGACCUCAAAAAGCACGGAGCAGCUUGUCAACUUUCUGCGUUAUGUGGUGUCGGUGUUCAAAGAGUCCAAAUCAGACUUCCACCUGGAGCAGCAGUUGAGUGACAUAGCUCUGCAGAUGGGUCUGUGUAGCUUGUCACGCCACUACGCCGGGAGGUCCUUCCAGGUGGUUCGGGGGCUGCGGCAGCCGCUCUCGGCCCACGCCGUAUUCGACCUGCUCUCGCGACUGGUGGAGGUGGUGGGGGAGCACGGGGAGGAAGUACAGGGUUAUGUUAUGGAGGUGUUGCUCACCUUAGAGUCUGUGGUGGACAACCUGGCUGAAUGUCUCAAGAACAAUGACCUAAUGGCUAUCCUGAACAGGGCAUCCUCCCCAGACUUCCUUACCAAUGGGAAGCUGGUGUCCAACAGGAAGAGCACGGGGCAGCUGAACCUGUUCCAGCGGGGCCUGGGGACAGCAGAGCGCAGCCGACACCAGAGGAGCUACUCCGUCCCCAAGAAGUUUGGUGAGGCUGACCGCUCAUCCGACCCUCCUCGCAGCGCUACACUGGACCGCAUCCAGGCCUGCACCCAGCAGGGAGGGCUGACCAAGAACCGCAGUCCGUCCUCUUCCAAAGAGCCCCUGAGUGACCCGGCCAACGUCAACCACCCGUCCAACCUGCUGGCCACCAUCUUCUGGGUGGCCGUGUCCCUGAUGGAGUCAGACUUUGAGUUUGAGUACCAGAUGUCCCUGCGGCUGCUCCUCAAGCUGCUGGCCCACGUGGCCCUGGACAAGCAGGAGAACAGGGAUCGGCUGGAGAAGCUGCAGGGCCAGCUGAGGUGGAGCGGCUUCGCCGGACUCCAGCAGCUGCUCCUCAAGGGCUUCACGUCCACUUCCACCACCGACCUCACCCUGCAAAUCUUCUGCCAGCUCACGCCUGUCUCGCGCGUGCCCGUGGUGGACACCUCACAAGCCAUAGGUUUCCCUCUGAACGUUCUCUGUCUGCUGCCACAUCUGGUCCAGAACUUCGACGGCCCAUCCCAGUUCUGUAAAGACGUGGCUCAGAGAAUAGCUCAGGUAUGCUUAGAGGAGAAGAAUUCGAAACUGUCCAACUUGGCCCAUGUGAUGACCCUGUACACAACACACUCGUACACCCGGAACUGCUUCUCCUGGGUCAACGUCGUCUGUCGCUAUCUCCACGAGGCCUUCUCCGAGAUCACCCUCAACAUGGUCACUUACAUGGCCGAGUUGUUGGAGAAGGGUCUACCCAGCAUGCAGCAGACCUUGCUCCAGAUCAUCUACAGCCUGCUGAGUCACAUGGACCUGUCAGUCAUUCAGGCCAAGCCAUUCAAUAUGGAGGUCCUCAAGACCAUCGAGAAGUUUGUCCAGACGACCCACUGGAGGGAAGCCCUGAACAUCCUGAAGCUAGUGGUGUCCCGGUCGGCCAGCCUGGUGCAGCCAACGUCCCCCCACAGCGAGCUGGCCCACCUGGACCUCCAGGUGUGGGAGCGCUCUUCCAAAGCCCUGCCCGGGAAAACACUGGAUUUUACCUUUGACAUCUCUGAGACCCCAGUGAUUGGCAGAAGGUAUGAGGAGCUGCAAGGUUCUCCAGGCCGGGAGGGGAAAAGCCGGGCCAUAGCUGUGACCUACAGCACCUCCUCCACCUCCUCGGGCUCCACCUCCAACAACGUCCUGGUUCCAGUCAGCUGGAAAAUACCCCAGUCCUCUCAGAAGAGAACACGGGAGAAGCUGGUGAAUGUGUUGUGUCUGUGUGGACAAGGAGUGGGGCUCACCAAAAACCCUUCGGUGAUCUUCUCCAGCUGUGGCGAGCUGGACCUGAUGGAUCUGCAGCCCAGCCUGGUGUCAUCUGAGGAGGGUACACAGGAGCAGGACAACAACAUGGAUGACACCACGUCCGAACAACAAUUCAGAGUCUUCAGAGACUUUGACUUCCUGGAUGUGGAGCUAGAGGAAGGAGAGGAGAUCCAGGGGGAGACGAUGGACAGCUUCAACUGGGGCGUGCGGAGACGCUCCAUGGAUAGCCUGGACAGGAGUGACAUGGUGCCCCUGGAUGACAGUGAGCUGUCCAGCAGCACACCCAGCCUAGGCCAGUUCACCCACCAGGACUCAGAGGAAUCCUCAGAGGAAGAGUCCAUCACCGCCAGCCAGAUCCUCUGUCACUCCCAGGUGAUUGUGAAUCUCUCCCCCACCGAGGAGGUCAAUCAACUGGACUCUCUGUACACCUCCGUUGACAACUCAGCCGCUGACCCUCCUCUUCCCCCUCUGCACACCCGAACGUCCAGUUUCGAGGUCUCGCUGGCAGAGAAUUCAAUGCCGAGGGCUGAGGUAUCAGUAGAAGACGAGGACACGGACAUCCAUGAGGAUGACCUGUCCAUCAGUGACCUCCUGCCGGGGUUUGACUGCAGCGGCGACAGCUUCAGCCUGGAAAAUCUGGCUCCGGGAGACUACCGAGGAGAACUGGACCUGGACUUCAGCGCGCUGCCCAGUCUCGGCGAGGAGGAGAGAGACGAGCUGAUGGAGUCUCGUUCUUCCCUUCCUCCGUCACCCUUCUUCUCGGCAAUCCUGGCGGCGUUCCAGCCGGCGGUGUGCGAUGACGCCGACGAGGCGUGGCGGAGGCACAUCAACCAGCUGGUGUCCGACUCAGACGGCUCCUGCGCCAUCUACACCUUCCAAGUCUUCUUCUCCUUCUUCCAGAGUAUUCAGAGCAAGUUCUGCUCCCUAACCUGCGAUGCUGCGGGUUACCUAGGAGAUGGCCUGCGRGGGAUAGGUUCCAAGUUCCUCAGGUCGUCCCAGAUGCUGAUAUCAUGCUCCGAGUGUCCUACGCUGUUCGUAGACGCUGACACCAUCAUCUCCUAUGGGCUCCUGGAGAAGAUUAAAUUUAGUGUACUGGAACUCCAAGAAUAUCUGGACACUUACAACAACAGGAAAGAAGCAGCCAUAGCUUGGUUAACCAACUGCAAGGCCACCUUCCCCAGAGGCAGUGGGGGUGUCAUGAUUACCAACCAGCCGGGGGAAUACGAGGAAAAGCAACUGGAGCUGUGUCAACGACUCUACAAGCUCCACUUUCAGCUGCUGCUGCUCUUUCAGUCCUACUGUAAGCUGAUUGGGCAGGUCCAUGCUAUCAGCUCUGUCCCAGAGCUGAUGAAUAUGUCCAAAGAACUGAAUGAACUGAAGGGCAGUCUGCGGGCUGCAGCAGCCUCCGUGACCUCCAGUGACCUCCAGGCUGCCCAGGAGACAUCCUCCUCCUCUGAGCCCACCUUCCUCUCCUCUGAGGCGGCUGUACAAGCCAUCCUGGAAGCUCUGAAGAACCACGAGUUCACCACAGCCAUCCGCUACAUCCGCGAGUGCAGGAGGGUGUGGCCCAGUGACAUUUUCGGCAGCAGCUCUGAGGAUGAGACACAGACGUUGCUGAACAUCUACUUCAGAUACCAGACGCUGGGCCAGAUGGGCACCUUUGCACUGGUGGGCUCCAAGCAGGACCUCUCGGAGAUCUGCGUCAAGCUGAUGGAGCUCAACAGGGAGAUCAGGGACAUGAUACGCCGGGCCCAGGGCUACCGAGCCAUCACCACCUUUCUCCCAGACUCCGGUGUGUCUGGCUCCAGUCUCUGACACUCAGGAGGAAUGUUGUGCCUGACUCCAGGCUCCAGUCCCAGCCCAAACUGAGCCCCCAGCCUUAGCACCAGUUCACUGCCCUGUUCUAGCCCCAACACCAGCCCUAUACCUUAGCCCCAGCCUUUGCCCCAGCUCACUGCACUGCCUCAGCCCCAAACUUCGGGCCUAGCCCUAGCUGCAGUUCACUGACCUGCCUCAGCCCUAUACCCCAUCAUUAUAUCAGCUACAGCCUCCAUCCUCAGCCCAUGUCCUAUGCGCUGCUCCAGCCCUCCACCCUAAUCCUACCCUGGGUAUGCUGCUAUGGUUACCGUGGUCACAGCAAGCUCUCUCCUUGUGUCCCUUCUCAGAGCAGGGGGCCCUAAGGAUGUACCACUAUUCAGCUCGCCAGAUGUGCAGCAAUACUGUGGGAGUGAACGUGACGAAGCACAACUUUGCUCUUAGAAACAAACAUGAGCUUUUAUUGCACUAAUAUUUCUGGAUAACAUCACACAGCGGCCACUUGCUACUGAGGUCAAUGGUUUUCACGUCUAACAGAAGACAUACCAAAGUUACAAUUAACUUUUUCUUCUGCUGAGUAUCUGUUAUUUUAAAUUUUUAAGGGAAAAUGUGCAAUGCUUCACAGAAGUGAAAGACUUCUGUGAAGACUACUGUAACAUGAAAUAAUGUUUUCUUUUCAUUUUAGUGCUUUUCGCUACUUGAAUAUUAUGGAUUGCAGGCAGAAUUAUGCUGAAUAUUUUGAAAUAGAGAGCCUGUGUGUUUAUGUGAAACUGACUGUAACCAGACUACAAUCCAUUAACACUGCAAMGCACAGACAUACGGUAUAUACAUAUACAGUGCAUUCGGAUUGUAUUCAGACCCCGUGACUUUUUCCACAUUUUGUUAUGUUGCAGCCUUCUAAAAUGUAAUGCAUAGAUUUUAUUUCCCCUCAUCAAUCUACACACAAUACCCCAUAAUGUCAAAGAAAAAACUGGUUUUUAGAAAUGUUUGCU